UAAGGGAACACCCACUGUGUACAAAGAGCUUUCAAAUGACAACUUCCUUUACCUGCAAUAUGGGGCUGUGUGCCUGAAGCUUUUUGCCUGCAAUAAAAAAAAAGGCUUAUUCUUUGUACAGAGCUGUUAAACAAGUGCCUGGAGAAGUGUUUUACUCACUAUCACAUCAUCUGUGAACUAGCCUACCUGCUUCUGUUCCUACAAGACCCACUUUCACAAAGGUGUGCACCCCGCUGCUCGUGUGGUUUUGUUCCAGGCCAUCAGUACACUGACCUCGUCCUGUCUGAAGGUCAAUUACUGGCUGUGGAGCUCCUUCAGAUGGUUGUACCACACCUCCAACCCUAAACACUCCCAAACCCAGACGUCCCACCAACUGACUCUGCCUGAACAUCUGCUAAACUUCCUGCAUUUUUCAACUAAACACUGGAAACCAGGAGGAGAAGAGCACCACUGGGAAACAACAGACAGCUUUUUUUUCUGGAAUUUUUAGAACCUAAAUCAUACAUGACUGUUCCUGGGGUUGUUUAACAUUUUUGGAUUCCCUUUGAAUUAAAGAAACUAAGCAAUAUGGAUACAGUAUCUCUGAACACCUCCCUGUUCUCUGGCAGUCAGAGCAUCAGUACGGAUUCUCCCAGUUUGUCCAUGAGAUCUUUAGGUUUCACCAAUGACACGGAUUCUUCCCGCAGCAGCACACUCUUACACUGGAACUUCUUUCUGGCUGGCAACUACAUCAGUGUGGUGGAGAAAUGCAUGAGCUCCAUGCAGACGGGCACUCAGAUGGUGAAACUGCGUGGAGGAUCCAAAGGCCUGGUGCGCUUUUUCUACUUGGACGAACACAAAUCCUGCAUCCGCUGGCGACCGUCUAGGAAGAAUGAGAAAGCCAAAAUCCCAAUCGACUCCAUUCGGGAGGUGUGUGAGGGGAAGCAGUCUGAGAUCUUCCAGCGGUAUUCUGACGGUAGUUUUGAUCCCAACUGCUGCUUCAGCAUCUACUAUGGCGAGCACAUGGCGUCCCUUGACCUGGUGUCAGGUACAGGAGAAGAAGCUCGCACCUGGAUCACUGGCCUUAAGUACCUUAUGGCCGGCAUCAGCGAUGAAGACAGUCUGGCCAAACGACAACGGACUCGUGACCAAUGGCUGAAGCAGACCUUCGCAGAGGCAGAUAAGAAUGGAGACGGCUGCCUCAGCAUCAGUGAAGUCCUACAGCUCCUGCACAAGCUCAAUGUCAACCUGCCCAGACAGAAAGUCAAACAGAUGUUUAAGGAGGCAGACACUGAUGACAACCAAGGCACUUUGGGAUUUGAGGAGUUCUGCUCUUUCUAUAAGAUGAUGUCAACGCGGCGCGAUCUCUACCUGCUGAUGCUCACCUACAGCAACCAUAAAGACCACCUGGAUACGGAUGACCUCAAACGCUUCCUUGAGACUGAACAAAAGAUGACCAGUGUCUCAAAAGAGCACUGCCUCGAAAUUGUGUCCAAGUUUGAGCCUUGUCCUGAAAACCAGACACUGGGUGUCCUGGGGAUUGACGGUUUUACAAAUUACAUGCGCAGUCCUGCUGGGGACAUCUUCAACCCUGAGCAUUACGAGGUAAACCAGGACAUGACGCAGCCACUCAGUAACUACUUCAUUGCUUCCUCCCACAACACCUACCUGAUGGGCGACCAGCUCAUGUCCCAGUCUCGGGUGGAUAUGUACGCCUGGGUGCUUCAGGCCGGCUGCAGAUGUGUGGAAGUGGAUUGCUGGGAUGGGCAGGAUGGAGAACCAAUCGUACAUCAUGGCUACACCCUGACUUCCAAAAUCCUUUUUAAAGAUGUUAUUGAGACCAUCAACAAAUAUGCAUUCAUCAAAACCCAGUAUCCAGUGAUUCUGUCCAUUGAGAAUCACUGCAGUGUCCCUCAGCAAAAGAAGAUGGCUCAGUAUCUGACUGAAGUGUUUGGUGAUAAACUGGACAUAUCCUCCAUCCCCACAGACCCACCUGGACUCCUGCCUUCACCUGAAGACCUAAAAGGCAAAAUACUCAUCAAGGGUAAGAAACUGGCUGCAAAUAUAGAUGAGAACGCAGAGGAGGGGGAUGUGUCUGAUGAAGACAGUGCAGAUGAGAUGGAGGACGACUGCAAGCUGAUGAAUGGAGAUACAUCCAUGAACAGGAAGCAGGCGGAAAAUGUUGCAAAGAAAAAAUUAGAUAACCUCAUGAAGGAGUCAAAGAUUCGUGACCGGGAAGAUCCAGACAGCUUUACCAUGGCAGCCCUGCCGCCCACGGGAAAACAUGACAAAUCACCGCAGAAGGGGAAAGCAGAAGACAGCACUGACACUGGAGAUGAGGCCAACGUCGGUGGCAACAAACGUGUGUCUAAAUCUUUCAUGGGGAGCUUUUCCAAACGCAAGAAAAAGACGAGUAAACUGAAAAAAUCCUCCAGUUUUGAGGAUACGGACACUGAUCAGGAGAGCUCGAGUGGCGCGUCUAAAGCACCAGCGCAUCACAGCAGAAAGAAAAAAACCAUGAAGUUGUCAAGAGCACUUUCUGAUCUGGUAUACACAAAAUCUGUCGGCAUACCAGACUUUGAGGCACAAGUGAGCAGCUGCAGUUGGCAGGUGUCGUCGAUGAGCGAGACCAAGGCCCAUCAGUUAAUGCAGCAGAAGCCAGUGCAGUUCGUCCGAUUCAACCAGCGCCAGCUCUCCCGCAUCUACCCCUCCCCUUAUCGCGUGGACUCCAGCAACUUCAACCCACAGCCCUUCUGGAACGCUGGCUGCCAUCUGGUUGCUUUGAACUACCAGUCAGAGGGCAGAGUGCUACAACUCAACAGAGCCAAGUUUAAUUGCAACGGCAACUGUGGUUACAUCCAGAAACCUGCCUGCAUGUGUGAAGGUUCUUUUAAUCCGAUGGCCGAGGAUCCUUUACCAGGUCGGUUGAAAAAACAAUUGGUUCUUAAGGUCAUCAGUGGCCAGCAAUUACCCAAACCCAAAGACUCCAUGCUGGGUGACCGAGGAGAGAUAAUUGAUCCAUUUGUGGAAGUGGAGAUUAUUGGUCUACCAGUGGAUUGCUGCAAAGAGCAAACCAGAGUGGUUGAUGACAACGGAUUUAAUCCUAUGUGGGAGGAGACACUCGUCUUCACUCUUCACAUGUCAGAGAUUGCUCUUAUACGCUUUCUGGUUUGGGAUCAUGACCCGAUUGGCCAAGAUUUUAUUGGCCAGAGGACCAUCGCCUUUAACAGCAUGAUUCCAGGUUACCGGCAUGUGUAUUUGGAAGGCAUGGAGGAAGCUUCCAUCUUUGUUCAUGUUGCAGUGAAUGACAUCACCAGUAAGGUUCGAGCAGUCAGUGGUAUAAAAGGACUGUUUCACAGAAACCCAAAGCAGUCGUCUCUCGACAGCCAUGCUGCUGCUCUGCUCAAACGUAAGACUACCUUCGGUGCUCACCUCCUGCGCCGCACAGCCAGUGCCCCCACCAAGGGCCAACCCAAAGUCAAGAGGGGCUUUCCUGAUAUCUCCAUUGACACAAAAGAUUGCAGCUCGGAGGGUGCCAGUGAAGAGCGAGAAUCGGAAGAGGGGCCACUUGUCCACCACAAUGGAGAUAGCGCAUCUGGCAAAUCAUGGGGUCAUGGCACCAACGGGCAGCUUCACCCUGACGACAGUAAAGAAAAUUCUGAAGUGCAGAGUCCAACUCCAUCUCUAAACGCCUCAUGUCUGGAAUCCAUUACUGCGCAAUUUCAGGAGAACACUCCUUUGACCUCAACACAAAGUCCUCUGGAUACCUCAUCACGUUGUCUCUCCACUACAUUGUCUUCACCAUCCUCAGCAAUAACAACAUCUUCCAAUGGGGAAAAUCGUAGCACUAUGAAAAAUAAUGAGGACAUUCUGAAAUCAUUUGCACUAACCGAGUGUAUUGGUCCAUACAGCAUCAGAGGCAAGGAUUCUUGGAACAGCCACAUCAACUCUUCACUUUCCACAAAUUACCUUGACAUUGGAUGUGAUACGCCCCCUCUACCAGACCAGACAGAUGGUGAGGUUGUGCAAAAAGCAGAUAUUAACCCCAACAUCGCUGAAAUAAAAAGAGGACAGACUCUAGAGAUAGAUGCUGUAAAAGCAACAACUGUUAUUCAGAGCUCUCAAAGGAUUCAGGCGUUGAAGGGGGUGUUUGACAGAGACAUUGGACGAAGCCUGCAAACAGGACUGAGGACCCCUGUCAGAAGAACCAAAAGUGAAGGACAAAUGAAGGCGGUAAAAAAAGCAGACGGCCCAUCAGUGGUCCCCGAAGUCUCUAUUGACGCCACAUUAAAUGACAGGCUCUGGAGCAAACUCGACCCCAGCAGCCAUCGGGAUAGUGUGUCAUCGUCUUCCAGCAUUUCAUCCAAUGACACUGUGAUUGAUUUGUCCUUGCCCAACCUUUCCAGGAAAAGCCUUACCUGUCUUAGUGCUGCCCGGGACUACUCGGACAACCAGGUAUCGUUGCCCAACAGGACCAACCAGCCUCGGUCAACCAUUGUGGCAUGCAGCGUCUCACGCGUCACCAAGAGCAAGUCCAACCCCAAUCUGCGGGAUGGUCAGAUGUGCGAGCCAGAGGACGAGUUACAGCCUAGGCCUCUGGUGGCCGAGAAAGACCCUAGCCGGCCCAUGCAGAGGCGCCACACGUGGAGCAGGUUGUACAUGGAGGGCUUAAAGCAGUCAUCCACGCUUGCUGCAGCUGUCUCCAAGAGGUCAACCACCCCCUCAACAAAAGACAUGGACAGCAACUCAAAAUCCAAAAGUCUUGGAGAUCUCACUUCAGAUGAUAUUGUCUGUAAUUUCGAGAGCAAGUAUCGCAGCAUUAGUCGCAGUUUCAUUGUGAGGCCAAGCCGCCAUCAAGGGAAAACUCUAAGAAAACCCCCGAAUGACCUAACAGAGCAGCUCAAGCAGCUCACUGAUGUGGAACCCCUUACAAGCAAAGACUUUGCUCAGUGCAGGACCGAUUCCGAAGUGGGACAGGAGGAAGAAGAGAUGCCCUCUUUGCGGAGGAGUUCCUCACGGAGCCAGAGUCGGGUGAGAUACAUUGCUAACCGUGCCAGGCAGGCCCAAGAGAGGCAGCGGCUACAAAGCCUGACCAGGACAUCUGGGAGCCCCAUCGAGGAGCGUGGCAAUCCUGAAGGAGCUUGUAGUGUACCCCACAGUCCUUGUGCAAGCUUGGAUCUUUUGAGCCAGCUUCCACCAGGACCGCCCCAACAAAGCCCCUUGAGCCCAGACAACGAGGUCUUCUUUAUGCUUAAGCUGUAAAAGGAUGAGAGUGUGUUGAGUGUUUUGUGGGAAGCAAAUGGACACAAGGUGGCCACCCCCCACCUCUCAAUCGUUCAGAUACUCCUGUGGAUAUGUUGAGCAGUCAAACAUUUCUUAUGUGCACUUACUGUAACACCUUCCAUUUGUGGCUUGAGGAAAAAAGUUAAAAGCACACACUUUUUUUUAAUGUCCAUUGUUGACCUACUCCCAACCCUGUAUAAUGAGCCGUUAAAUGGGAUGCGAUGCUAAGCUUUAAACUUUAAAUUGGAUGCAACCGUUUGCUAGUUUGUACCAAUUAUUUGUAAAUGUGCAUGCAUUUGUUGAAAAAAAGCCAAAGGUGUAAAACCAGAGGAUAUUUUUUUCUGGUGUAUAUAAAUAUACAAGGUUGCAUUUAGAAAUGAUUACAAAACAGAAACAAUCUAAAUUUAGAUUAUGCCUGUGGCAUUUGUGGUACUGUAAUAUUAUUUGUUUGUUUGUUUGUUUGUUUUUAAGAUGCAACCUAGUGCAGCAAUAGAUAAAAAAUGUAAGCACUACUGAUUCACCACAAUAAUUCCCUGGAUUAAAGGGGUCGUAAAAUGCA